CGCUCCAGGCCCGAAAGAAAAGGACCAAGGCCAAGAAGGACAAAGCCCAGAGGAAAUACUGGCAAGCUGGAGCAAGGCAGAGGAAGAAUGCCAAGAGGUGUCCACAGCUAUGUUCCUUGAGAGCAGCUCUGUAAUCUACUAGAUGUAUGCCAAACCUGAAGCCUGUCUCUGAGACUGAAGUCCCAGGACAAGCCAAGAGGUCUCCUUCACAGAAAGACCAGGGGUUGUGCCUUGAUGUGCAGUCUGCACAGUGCCCUGGAGAUAGUUUCCUGCCAAGAAGUAUCUCUUUGACUUCUACAGUCCCAUGGAACUGGAAUGCAAGCCCCAUUGGCCACCAGAACCAGAUCUGAAACUCAGCACCGAGGCUCUGUUCCCCACUCGGAAAGUGAUCUACCAGAGCAGGAAGAGGAGAUUCUGGGAUCUGAUGAUGAUGAGCAGGAAGAUCCCAAUGAUUAUUGUAAAGGAGGUUAUCAUCUUGUGAAAAUCGGAGAUCUAUUCAAUGGGAGAUAUCACGUGAUCCGAAAGUUGGGCUGGGGACACUUUUCAACAGUGUGGUUAUCAUGGGAUAUUCAGGGGAAGAAGUUUGUGGCAAUGAAAGUAGUUAAAAGUGCUGAACAUUAUACUGAAACAGCACUAGAUGAAAUCCGGUUGCUGAAAUCAGUUCGUAACUCAGACCCUAAUGAUCCGAAUAGAGAAAUGGUUGUUCAGCUACUAGAUGACUUUAAAAUAUCAGGAGUUAACGGAACACAUAUCUGCAUGGUGUUUGAAGUUUUAGGGCAUCAUCUGCUCAAGUGGAUCAUCAAGUCCAAUUAUCAAGGGCUCCCACUGCCUUGUGUCAAAAAAAUUAUUCAACAAGUGUUACAGGGUCUGGAUUAUUUACACACCAAGUGCCGUAUCAUCCACACUGACAUUAAACCAGAAAACAUCUUGUUGUCAGUGAAUGAGCAGUACAUCCGAAGAUUGGCUGCAGAAGCAACAGAGUGGCAACGAUCUGGAGCUCCUCCACCCUCUGGAUCUGCGGUCAGUACUGCGCCCCAGCCUAAACCAGCUGACAAAAUGUCAAAGAAUAAGAAGAAGAAAUUGAAGAAGAAGCAGAAGCGCCAGGCAGAAUUACUAGAGAAGCGAAUGCAGGAAAUUGAGGAAAUGGAGAAAGAGUCGGGCCCUGGGCAAAAAAGACCAAACAAGCAAGAAGAAUCAGAGAGUCCUGUUGAAAGACCCUUGAAAGAGAACCCACCUAAUAAAAUGACCCAAGAAAAACUUGAAGAGUCAAGUACCAUUAACCAGGAUCAGACACAUAUGGAACGUGGUGUAGAGGGUGGUGCAGCAGAGAUUAAUUGCAAUGGAGUAAUUGAAAUCGUUAAUUAUACUGAGAACAAUAAUAAAGAAACAUUGAGGCUUAAAGAGGAUCUACAUAAUGCUAAUGACUGUGAUGUCCAAAAUUUGAAGCAGGAACCUAGUUUCCUAAGCUCCCAAAAUGGAGACAGCAGCACAUCUCAAGAAACAGACUCUUGUACACCUAUAACCUCUGAGGUGUCAGAUACCAUGAUGUGCCAGUCUUCACCAAAUGUAGACCAGUCAUUCAGUGAACAGGACAUCAGCCAGCUUCAAGAAAGCAUUCGGGCAGAGAUACCCUGUGAAGAUGAGCAAGAACAAGAACAAAAUGGACCAUUGGACAACAAAGGAAAAUCCACUGCUGGAAAUUUUCUUGUUAAUCCCCUUGAGCCAAAAAAUGCAGAAAAGCUCCAGGUGAAAAUUGCCGAUCUUGGAAAUGCCUGCUGGGUGCACAAGCAUUUCACUGAAGAUAUUCAAACAAGGCAGUAUCGCUCGUUGGAAGUUCUGAUAGGAUCUGGCUAUAAUACCCCUGCAGACAUUUGGAGCACGGCAUGCAUGGCGUUUGAACUGGCCACAGGCGACUAUUUGUUUGAACCGCAUUCAGGGGAAGAGUACACUCGGGAUGAAGACCACAUUGCGCACAUUAUAGAGCUGAUAGGCAGAAUUCCAAGACGCUUUGCCCUCAGUGGGAAAUAUUCACAGGACUUCUUCAAUCGCAGAGAUCACAUUGCAUUGAUCAUAGAACUUCUGGGGAAGGUGCCUCGCAAGCUCAUUGUGGCAGGAAAAUAUUCCAAGGAAUUUUUCACCAAAAAAGGUGACCUGAAACACAUCACGAAACUGAAACCCUGGGGCCUCUUUGAGGUUCUAGUGGAGAAGUAUGAGUGGUCUCAGGAAGAGGCAGCUGGCUUCACGGAUUUCUUACUGCCCAUGUUGGAGCUGAUACCCGAGAAGAGAGCCACUGCUGCCGAUUGUCUCCGGCACCCUUGGCUCAACUCCUAAGCCCCAGCCUAACAGCGCAGCAGAGAUCACAUGCUGACCCUCACCCCUCCCCAACAAGCAUUUCCCUCUUCCCUUUUCAGGGUGAAGCUCUUAUUUCAAGGGUUUCCUAAGGGGUUUUUUUUGUUUUGUUUUUUUGUUUUUUUGUUUUUUGUUUUCUUGUUUUCUUUUUUUAAAUCAAUCUGUUCAUUUGGGUUUGCUUACUUGACCCUGUGGAGAUCCCCCACAGCCAUUGGGCAUCCUAGGUGAAUUUGGCCUUGAUUGGGCUCUGCCAAAGACGAAUAGACUAAAAUGUGAAACAGCCUCUCACCCUGUACCCUUGUCUUUCCAUUAGAACACCCUUUAAAUUAUACACAUCCUUUUUAAAAACUAUGAAGAUGUAUGAGCUCAUCCUUUUAUUCACUGACUCUAAGAGUCAAAUUUUCUAGUGCGUAUCCUAGUGCCAGCAUAAGGAUGAGAAGGGGAAAGGGUGUUACUUCUGUGUACAGCAGAGACAUUAAACUUGCUGUAUCCAGGCUGCAUCAUCUACCUGGACUGUUUCUGUUGCUCUCUAUGUUCACAUUUUUUCCUGCGACUUUCAGGCUAUCUUUUUAAAGGAGCUGUAUAAGCUCCAAAUUUGGGUACCAUUUUAUCACUGUUCAAAGCACUAUCAAAUUCCUUUCAUCCUUUAAUAACUCUAAGAUCCUUGAAUCUUUGGUGUGAUUUUUGAUGAAAACAGAAGCGGAACCAUUGAUUUGUAAUUUCUGCAGAACCACAGCUGUUUUGCAAAACAGUCCUUUCCUGUGUGUCUUCUGUUACCCUAACAGCAGAGUUCGUUCAUUUGGCUGUUUUGUUUUUCAUUGUUUUAACCCCUGGCUGGCACUUUACUCACUGCACUUGAGUUUAUUGCCCCAUAACUAACUAAAGAAUUCAGGAUGACUCUAGAAAGGAGAUCUGGGUAUCAGAGAUUUCCCCUCUAAGAAGAAAAUGCCCUAGAAUUCCUGAUUCUUUUCCAGUCAGUCCCCUACUUGUAUUCACAGCUUUUUCUUCAUCUUGUCCAAAUUUAGCCUUGAAGCAGUUUCCCUCUGUGGCUUAGCCUUUCUCAUUUUCUGAGAGGCUUCAGGUCUUAAGUGAAAUCCCAGUAUAGAAGAACCAAGGGGAAGGGUGGGAUGGCACUUUUUGGGGUGGGGUUUUUUUGUUUUGUUUUGGAGGGGGUGUUUUGUUUUGUUUUUAUUUUUGUUUUUUGUUUUUGGUUGUUUUAAGAUUAGCCAUUCUCUGCUGCUAUUUCUUUGUAUAAUGUAAGUUUUUAACUGCAAUUUUGGGAUAAUUGAGAUGUACUUGAGGCUUUUUUUUUUUUUUUUUUUUUUUUAAUGAGAAAAGGCUCUGUGAAUCUUACUUUAGAAUGGGCGUCUCUUAGACUUGCCCUAGACAUCAUAUAUUCCUCGGGUCAUAUUGAAAAGUAAAAGAGGGGCAGGCUUGGGGUCACAGCCACUUGUUCAGCACAGACCAAGUGGGCCUUGAGGACUACAGCAUUCUGCAGAGACGGCUCCAGGAGUGAUUUACAGAAAGCCAAGGAAGUGCAACUUGAGGCUCUCCUAGCAAAGCUGCUGAUGAGACUUUCAGGUAGCUGACCCUCUAUACAGGAAAUUGGAGUCCAGAUUCUGCCAUUUUUCCACCAACAACAGCAAAGGAAAACAUGGUGCAAUUAUGCAAUCCAUUUAACUCAUAAACCUAGAACCCUGAGUACCGAUGGCCAGCCAUUCAUCGGAUCCUUGAUUGGGUAGUCCUGAAAUCAGACAUGUUCCUGUAGAAAGAAUUUUAAGUGAGGCUGUCUAUGCACCUAUCAAGAAUAAAGAAAAUAGAUUGUAUCCAACAACGGCAGGGAAAAUCCUUCGGCACUUCUAAUCCACUUUGGCUUUUCAGCUGUAUAUACAUCUAAAGCAAUAGCAGACUAGAACUGAAUUCUUUUCUACACUGUAAAAUAACAAUUGUGGAAUCACAGGAAUUCUGGUGAUGAUAUUAAAGUAAAAUAACCAAAACACAAAUAGAAGGCCCCAUUUUAACAAUUGAUGUAAAAAGAAAUUUUAAGAAGAGAGAACCUAUAACUUCUUUCUUGGACAUGUUUUCCCUCCAAAUAAGGGCUUUUCCCCCUGUCAUUUAAGGAGCCAGAUGAAUUAGAAGCCGUAGAAAGAGGCAGCUAUAGAAAUUGAUCUUCCAAGUACCCCAUGUACCUUUAUUGAACUUAAUCAUAAUACUGUCAAAUUGCCAUGAUCUUACUAAAGGAUUUCUAUUGCUGUCAGUUAAAACCCCAAAUGCAUUUUUAUUCUUUCUAUCAGGUGCAUUGUCUGUUUUCUUUAUAAAUGCAGUACAAUAAACAAAUUAUUUAAUAACCUA